AUGCAAGGUCAAGGGAGUAGUAUUGAUACUUUCCCAGAAAUAACAGAAGUUGGGCUGGGAUCCAUUUCCAACAGCACUGGUAUGAGUCAGCAGACUUCUCUGAAUAAUAUGCUAAAUCCUGUAGAAACCCGGUUGUCAAGUUUUAUGGUGACGUCUGGUGAGAUGACAUGUUUAAAUGCCACUAGUCAUGACUCCCAGACCUUGACUGGUUCAGGUGGACCUAGCUCUAGAUUGAAUCUGGAAAACCCAGUUGAUGAUGAUGGGAUGAAAAUGGAACAAGGUUGGUCAUCUUCAUGUAGUGCUUGUCCUGUGAUUGGUCAAAAUUCAGAAGAAAGACGAGUUGAACAAAAUAAUAUCCUUUUCCCUGGGCGAGCUAUCAGUGGCAAUCAGAUUCAAGGUGGGCCUUCUUUUUCUCAGGGUUCUAGCUCUAAUUAUAUCCCUCAGAAUGCAGAUCUAAAUGCUGGAUAUGUGGGAAGUAGCGGUAAUUGUGAGCAUGGUAUGGAAGCUAAUGCAGAACCUAAUCUCUACAAGUCAAGUGGAUUAGAAACAGAACAGACAUCUUCUGGAAGUGGUUCACCUGAUAUUGUUGGGACUUCAUCAGGAAGCUCUGAUUAUGUGGUUGGGGAAAGUGAUGGUAAUCCAGGCUCUUCUUUCGGAAAUUGGGGUUCAUCCUGCAAGCGAAAGGCCCUUGAGGGUACUUCUGGCCAGGCUUAUCCUGGUGGGAGUUCUAGCUCCUUUCCACAAGCUGAAAAUGGUGCUUGGAAUACUGGUCCUGCUCGUUAUAAUCCUUCUAGUAAUUUAAGUUUAUCUACACCCUUGCGUAAUUCCCCUAGCGGUAGUCCUUCAGAACAGCAGAACUCAAGAUCAAGGGUUGGUUUGAGACUUGGAGCAUCUGAUACCUUUCCUUCAUUAGGUAUUACGGGCAAUGCAGAAAGCCCACUGAGACAAUUUUUUGCUAGGGGGGUUUGUACUGGGCCUCAGCAAGAAUCUGCACCGUCUAAUUUAUCGUCACAAGGGAGAUCAACAACUGUAGCUGCAACAAAUUCGGGUGGUCCCCAAAGCCAGUUUCCUGCUAUGCAUAUGAGCGGUUCGUCUGGAAACCUGCUUCCUUUACCUUGGAAUGGUGCUUCCAGUUCAAGAGUGGGCAGCUUAUCAAGUUCUCUUAUGUCUGGAUAUAGGGGUUCUGAGCUAAGAGAAGAAGCAAACUUAAGAAGCAUUCCCAGAAACAAUGUGGAGCAUUCCACAUUUGCAACUGCCACUGAUAUGAGAAAUUCAGCACAGGAUCCAACAGGUUGGAGUUUGGCACCUGGAGACACAAGCACUUCUGUAGGUGCGCCUUCCUCUUCAAGAAUUGGCUCUAGUUCUGGCUUUCGUACUUUGCCUAAUCCUGCAUGGAUCCCUCUCAACAACCCUCCAACCGAAAAUCAUCAAAGAGUGACAGAAUUUUCUCCUUGGUCUUUGUUUCCAUCUUCUGAUUCUCAACCUGGAGGUCAUAGUCAUUAUAACCCAGUACCUCCAAGACCUUCUGCUUCCUCUCAGGAUUCAGGAAGUUCUUCUGGAUCUAAUAACCAGGGUCGUCAUCUACCAUAUCCUAGGUCAGCGUUCUCGGUGGACCGGCAGGGUGAUGAUGUUCUUAAUAUGCCCCAUUCACUGCGGGCAUUAGCAGCUGACAUUGAAGGGAGGCGCCGACUCAUAUCUGAGAUUCGUCAAGUUCUGAAUGCUAUGCGCAGGGGUGAGAACUUACGAGCCGAGGAUUAUAUGCUCUUUGACCCAUUCAUAUAUCAUGGCAUGGCUGAGAUGCACGACAGGCACAGAGACAUGCGCCUUGAUGUUGAUAACAUGUCUUACGAGGAACUGUUGGCACUGGAGGAACGUAUAGGAGACGUUAGCACUGGACUGAGUGAGGAGACCAUUGUGAAGUUAAUGAAACAGCGAAAAUUUCUCUCGGUAACAGCAGAAUCCUCAGCAGAUAUGGAACCGUGCUGUGUCUGUCAGGAGGAAUAUAAUGAUGAGGAUGAUAUUGGCACACUAGAUUGUGGGCAUGACUUCCACACCAAAUGCAUCAAGCAGUGGCUAAUGCAGAAGAAUCUGUGCCCGAUUUGUAAAACGACAGCGUUGCUUACUUGA